GGAAGCGCAAGCCUUCGGUCAGUCAACUCGGGCGGUGUAAAGAGAGAGAGAGAGAGACGUCUGGACGUUCCUUGUACGCACGGCUCCGUCCUCCUCCGGCGUCUCUCUCCGUCAAUCCGCACGCGCUCUCUCCCUCCCUCCCUCACUAAUAAUCAAUAUCUUCUCUUCGCUGGCUCGCUCUCUUUCUCUGAGAGGGGGCUGUUUCUUCUUCUGCGGCUUGGUGCUGUUGUGGAUCUUCCUGUUCUUGUAAUUGGAGAAUUUGGAAGGCGAUUAGAGGGGGGAGGUUUUGAAUGGAAGCUGGUUAGUUGAUGGCACCAUCGCCAUAUGUUUACGCGCCUGUUUGGAUCGGAUAGGAGAGGCAGAAACAAGGGAGCGGGUGCUGGUGGCGCGUCGCCGCCGUCGCCCAUGCCGACGGAGUCCAAGAGCGAGCGGGGGGCGAGGCGCCGGCUGGACCGUCGGAACGCCGUUAAGAACAUCCAUUACGACGCCUCCCCGUCGUCCUCCGGCCCCACCCGCCGCGUCCGCUCUUUGGAGACCUCGCCUUCCGACCCUUCGGCCGUCACCAGCUUCCGCAUCAUCGAUGGCCAGUUUGGGGACAUCUACGAGCGGCUCGGGAUCAGCUCGCCCGAGGACUUCGGCAUCCCGGCGGCCGCGUGGGAAGUGAUGAAGGCGCGGUCUGCUUCCGAUAUGUUGCCGCGGUCGCGCCUUCAGGACUUGAGCAGCACGGCCCGUACUAGCAGCGAUCCGGUGGCGCUGGAGACGGGUAUCCGGGAAUUUAACGCUGAAUCCCGGGGGGGCAACGGGCUGGAGCGGGCAAAGGUAGCUGUCAGUGGUGGGGAAGCCCCUGCCCAGGAGGCGCCAAGGCCGGAGGAUAAGGCUAGGGUUCCGGACACAGAGGGUAGGGCCUCGGAAGAUGGUGAAAGGCUGGUUGUAGGGAAUGAGUUGCGGGAUCAAUGGCCUCCUCGUCGGACGGAGACCUUGGGAAUUAAGGGCGUCCGGCCGCCGGCUCUCGCGUCUCCCCUUGCGCCUCCUCCUGCAAUGUCUCUGCCCAGAAUAGAUAACGGGUUCUCGACAUGGGAUCUAUUCAACUCAUUGGCCCCCCAGGAUGACGAACGGGGAAAGAAUACUCUCGUAGAAUCGUCAGAGAGCGACGAAGAAAUGGACAAGGAAGGGGAAGAGGAAGAGGAAGAGGAGGAGGAGGAAGAGACGGUAGAAAGGAUACCCCUUAGCAACAACAUCUCCGCCUGUUGCUCAUUCACUACUUCCAAUGAUGACGAUUCUUCCACCACAACGACGGAAUCCACAUUUGUAUCUCCUAUUGCGAAAGCCAAGCGGGAGAUCAAGUCAUGGCAACGGGGCGAGGUUCUGGGAAGCGGAUCGUUUGGGACGGUCUAUGAAGGAAUCAGCAGUGAUGGAUUUUUCUUUGCGGUUAAGGAAGUUAUUUUGAUUGGUCAAGGCGGCAACAACCAAAUUACUCAGCUCGAACAUGAAAUUGCUCUGCUGAGUCAGUUCGAACAUGAGAAUAUUGUUCAGUAUCUAGGUACUGACAAGAAGAACGAUAAACUUUAUAUAUUCCUCGAACUUGUGACACAAAAAUCUUUGGCAUCUCUUUAUCAAAAGUAUGACCUGCAAGAUUCUCAAGUAUCUGUUUACACAAGGCAGAUCCUGAAUGGUCUGAAAUAUUUGCAUGACAAGGGUGUAUUACACAGGGACAUAAAAUGUGCUAACAUUUUGGUGGAUUCAAAUGGCAUGGUGAAGCUUGCGGAUUUUGGACUAGCGAAGGAGGUGGACAAAUUAAAUAUGCUGCAGUCUUGCAAGGGCAGCGCAUACUGGAUGGCUCCUGAGGUUGUAAAUCCUAGAAAGACAUAUGGCCUUCCAGCUGACAUUUGGAGCCUUGGUUGCACAGUAUUGGAGAUGUUAACUGGUCAGGUUCCGUAUGGAAACUUGGAAUGGACUGCUGCAAUAUUCAAAAUUGGCCGGAAUGAACCACCGCCUGUUCCUGAUCAACUAUCAAAAGAUGCAUGCGAUUUUAUCAAUCAAUGCUUACAAGUGGAUCCAGAUAUGAGGCCCACUGCAGCUAAGCUUCUCGACCAUCCUUUUGUCAGGAGAUCCUCAAUUUCAACACGGGGUCAUGACAGGCGAGCUUAAAUGCAAGAGGGUUUUCCAUUCUUUCUUUUGCCUCGGGGCUAGUGAUGCCUACCAUUGUCCCGAGUCAUAUGGUUUUGUUUACCCAAUACUAAUGGAGCAAGUAUUCGUGUACACUUUGCAUUUGAGCCACGAAAUUGCGUGGGAAUAUGUGAAGAUUCGAGCUGCAGAGAUGGAGCACUGUGUGGGCUUCCCAUACUGCUUUGCCGGCAUAUUUUGCUUGUACCAUUUGAUUGUGCAUUAUAGGUGUCUUGAAAGUAGCAUGCCUAGUUUGCAUUGGUGUAAUAUAUGGUUCAAAAUGUAUUUAUCUGUUGAUAUAAGGGUUGUAUUGAUAAUUUCGGAGGUUGUCUUUCCUAGAUUCAUUUAAUUGUAGCUUGUAAAACGAAUGGAAAUCAAAUUAAUCUUGGUGGUUGCCUGGCC